GCAGGGAAGGGCGUUCUUGUCACCGUCAGACCCUACUAGUCAUGCAGGGGGUGUGGGUCCACCGGCGCAAAGGAAAACCCACAUUUUUCAUUGUUAGGGACACGGUGGAAUGUGAUGGUUUGAUCCUACAGCGCAGGGAGUGGAGGGAAGAAACAACGAAGGCAGUUCAGGAGGAAAACAAACCCUGUCCCGCUGGUGUACCAGUAAAAUCUGUGAAAGAACUUGUGUUCAGUCUGGUUCAAACCUACAGAGUCAUCUUGUCGGAACUCUUCGACACAAAGCGAAUCAAUUUGGGGACUAUCGCAGAUUUGUUUUCAUGGCAAGGGCUUGUGGAUGGAGCUCCAUAGUGAAACCAUCUGGUGACCGACGGGCUGCAUUUACCAGCUGCUUAGCACCCAACACAAGAGGAUCCAUAGAAAGUAAGUUUACGGUGAUAGACACCCAUGUUGACCAUCAAGCUGAGGGGAGUUGAAGGAAUAAGAACCAACCAAAGAAAAAGGGAGAAGACAUUGUGUGGAGAGGAGAAAGGGACUGAACAUAACUCAACAUUACGGACUUGUGACUCAUAAUUUUAACCAGAGAAGGACUGCCACACAAAUGUGGACCUCCCAAAAAGUAGUAAAAUAAUUUCCCCUUUCCAUAUAGAAGACAACAGCAAUAAUAUCUGUGAUGUCUGAAAACAAAGACAUAACGAAUCGCCACCUGCGGCACAAGCUGCAAAGCCUGGGACGACGGCUGGAUGAGCUUGAGGAGGCCACCAACAAGCUCCAGAAGUCUGAAGAUGAGCUGCUGGAUCUGCAGGACAAGAUCAUCCAGGCAGAGGGCAGCAACUCCUCCAUGCUGGGCGAUGUAGAGGCCCUGCGCAAGCGGCUGCUGAGGAUUGAAGGCAAAGACGAGGAGGUGUGCAAGGCAGAGGAUCUCUGCCGCACAGUGAGGGAGAAACUGGAGGAGGAGGAGAGCUUGACCAAGGACCUAAAGUCUGAGAUUGAGCGCCUGCAGAGGAGGAUGGCUGAGUUGGAGAAGUUGGAAGAGGCCUUCGGCAAGAGCAAGUCAGACUGCAGCCAGCUCUGCCUCAAUCUCAAUGAAGAGAAGAACCUGACCCGGAAGCUCUCCUCUGAGCUUGAGGCCCUCAAGGCCCGUAUGAUGGAAGUGGAUGCAUCAGAGGUAAGGCUGGACCGGGCUGAGAAGUUUCUGGCAGGGGAGCUGGAGCAGCUCAAGGGCCUCACUCAGACUUUUGUGAGUGAGAGGAAGAGGCUCCUGGAGAAGCAAAGGGAGGAUGAGAAGCUUAUACUAAAACUGACCGAAAAGCUGGAUUGUCAGAAGAACAGGAUCGGCCGAGCAGAUCCCAGCCGCACAGACUUGAGGGACCUCCGCAUUGAAGAUGACCUCUCAUCUGGCCUGACUAGCAAGCUUGGGCGCAAGAAGAGCGUGGACUACCUGAAACUGGGCGAUGACGUUGGGCUAAGGAAUAAGUCAGAAAACGAGAAGAACAGCCUUGAUGGCCAGGAAGACAACAAAGUCAAGGAACUCACCCAGGAAGUUGAGAGGCUGAAGAACCGGCUGAAGCAACUGGAACUAGUGGAGGAGGAUCUCAAGAGCACAGAGUCAAAGAGCGGAGAGCUACAGGAGAAGUUCCAACAGGAGAGGUCCCGCAGCCGAGCCCUCAAUGAUCAGGUGGAGCAGCUUAGAAUGCAGCUGUGCAGUCACGGCAAUGGAGGGCUUAGCAGUCCAGCAAAGGUCCUUGAGAAUGGCAAGGCAGAAAAUGAAGAGAUCAAUGUCCGGGGUGGGUUCAGGAAGGACAAGCCUAAGUACAGGAGUGCUGCAGCUGCAGAGCCAGCCGCCCCCAAGUACAAGAGCAGAGAGCUGUCCCCGCAGCACAAGAGGGAGACCAAGCUGAGGAGCAAAGAGCUGAGCAACUCUGAGGAAAUUUCUCCGAAGUCUGUCAGGAGGGCACUCAGUCCUUCACACAAGAGCAGGAGGACACCAAAGACUGGAUCCUCAACUGCCUCUGACAAUGUAGUGAAAGAAAUAGGUAGAAGGGUGGAGGACAAAACAACAAGGGGAGGAGCCCAUACUCCUGUUAGCACGUCUUUGAGUGACAGCAAGAAGGUCUCGGUUCUUAAUCGCUACCCUCCAGCAGCUAAUGACCAGAAGCCAUGGAAGACAUCUCAGAAGCCAAGUGAGAGUGAAAGCAAAAAGAGCCAAGUGGAUAAGUUUUCUAGAAAGAAUGUUGGUUGUGACAGUGAGUCAAACAAUUCUGUUGUGGUGCCUGAAAGCUCAAGCAAGACCAACACAGUCUCCCCUCCUGAAAAGGAUGCUUCUGCGUCUGACCUGGUGUCUGUCGACCUGGUUCAAGAGGCUCCUCCAGUGUCAGACCUCUCACAGGCCAAUGGGUCGUACACUGCUUACAAGUCCCAUGUGUCCCCGCUGGUCAGUGAUCAUGGCUCUGAGGGUCACUCUUCAGCCUCUGAGACUGAAUCCACUGGGUCCAGGCCCUCAGAACCAGAGCCUGUGUCUGAGGUGGCAGCACUGAGUAGCAGAACCUCCAACCCUCCGAAGUACUCUAGAUACUCUCGCCUACAAGACUCCCAGUCAGAGGGUUCCUCCACCAGGAGCUCGAUUGACGAGGAGCAGAACAGGCUGUUGAUGGCUGAAGGAGGAUAUCUGGAGCCCACUCACACCCCAGCAGGGAUGGAGGUCCGCAGGGUCUGCAGCCCACGGGAGGCCCUGAGGUCAAAGGCAGUCAUCAAGCCGGCCAUUGUGGAGAUUGAUAGGAAGGAAGUUAUGAUAUCCGGAGUCGGGGCAGAGUUCUUGACCUCCAAUGGCAAGCCCAAAAUCUCCACGAAACCUGUCCUGACCACCAACAAGAUGACCAGCAGCAUCACUAUCUACCCCAACGAUCCCAGCUCUUCCAGGACCAGCAGCCGCAGCAGCAGUGUAUCCAGCGAGCCACCAGUCAAGGAACGCCACACGUCCACUAGCAACAUUGUCAUCGGGCCCAGUGAGCACAGGGGGAACAUCUCUAUCCCCUAUGAGAUCUCCAUUCCCAAGAGUGAGAUCACCCUCCGGCCAUCCAUAGAUGGCCCGGACGAAACAGAUCAACCAGGGGUGCUAGGGAUGGCCCGUGCGGAGACGCACCUACGCCCCCGAAGCAGCUUCAGCCUCCAGUCACCGGAGACCAUCUCAGACUUCAACAACGACACAGAGUCAGGUUUCGAGAGCAGCAGUAGCAGCACUACCACCGUCACCAGCUGGAGGAGACACCACAGCCACCACACCUCCCAGGACGACGGUCUCCCAGAGAUGAGAAACCUGACUGUGCGGAGCACCUGGAGGAACAGGGGGGCGGCAUCUGUGGACGAGCCUGGCCAGGGAGCCAGGCUGGAAGGGGUGGGUUCUGAAGAUGAGUUAGAGUCGGCCACCACGUGGAGGGCGUACCGAGCCACCACUGUCCUGGACAAGGAGGAGAAGGUUAAUGCCACAGGGGCCUCUACAUCACGGGCAGCCAAGCCAUCGCCAGCAGAGCUGUACAUGCGCAGGAUUAAGAACAGUGUGGUGACCACCAGGGACAUUGCAGAGCCGGUGCGCCGGAGCAAGAGCUCUCUGUCACCAACUGAGGAAGUUAUGCAGAGGAGUAUCCCCCACGAGCCUGUCAGUUCUCAGGAGCUCACACCCCGGCAGACACAACCCAUGGCUGCUGACAACACUAACCCCAGCUCUUGGUCACGGAGGACGAGGCCGGCGCCCGGUGACCUGGGUACCUACGAGAGGGAGAGAGUGAGGAGCUCCAGACCUGACCUAGGGGCCAGCAGAGGAACGGGAACCACGGCUUCCAGACCAGAGCUGUGGUCCAGUAGGGGUCAGGCUGGCCAUGCGGAGAGGAUGACCGGGCGCGGCAAUCGACCAUGGAGCAACCGUCAGACCGACAACUAAACCGGCCAACCGUCUUAGUAGCUCCGCUUCAUAAUGUCCAGAGCUCUCCAUGCCCCCAAACUGCUUGGAGCCCCUCAACAAGGAGAAAUGUACUGUAUCAAGCAUAUCUAAAUCCCCGAGCAACAGCAGUCACAGCCAUACAGAAGAAUAACAACUCUCAAGUCCCUGUCCAGCACCUACCCAUGCUUCUCGGAGUGCAAAAACAAGAUGGCCGCCCUCUGAAACCUUCAACCACCCCCUUCCAUUUGCACAGACACAACAUCAGUUGUAUUAUAAUAUGCCCAUAUACAGUAUCGCUCUGGUGUGGACCUCACCACCAGUGAAUGUAUCCUCUUCCGCAUCUUCUCCUACCAGAUGUAUUAUAAUGUAUUCCUCAGACUCGACAAGGGAGAGAUGAUCACUUGGGUGACUGGGCCUAGAGGUGUGCGUGUGUGUGGGGGGGGGGGGGGGGAGAGAAGAGGAGAGACACAGGAAGGAAGGGUUUGUUGUCUUUCGGAGUGGACCGUUACAAGACCUCACUUUGGAACUUCCCAGCGGAGCUGCACAAAGGAUGUACCCAUGUGACCAGAAACGGAGAGCGAAUUACUUGGGAUUAAAAAUAAAUCUACUCUGAUCUUUGAUUUAUUCAAACUUAAUUUGGUGAGCGCUUAGACCAUGCAUUUGCUUUAUACUGACAACUAGAGAACGACCAAUAUGGGAUUAAGGGCCUGUACUGAUUUUUGGAGGUCAAGGAGGCCGAUGGACAAUAUUUUAUGCCGAUAAUGAAUAUAAUUCAAUUUUAGCAUUUUGAUAAAUUCCCAGAGAGAGCCAUAAAUCAAUUAUACAAUCAAUUGUACUUAAAAAAAAAAAAAUCUAUCUACAUAACAUAAUGGUAAUCAUUGUUUUGAAUGCUUAAUCUCUUGAUAAACUGGGUAAAUCAAGAUGGCAUAGGCUUGCAUACUCACAAUAUAGGUCAAAUCAUACCCAAUAAGACUGCAUGGAUUCAACUUUUGAACUAAUUUGGGCUCAUUUCAAUGAUCUAUGGGUCUACAGAUGACAAUAUGUUUCCCUUCCAUUUGGGACCAUGUUAGCCUCAGGGUUGGGGAGUAAACUUGAUUACUUUUAAAUUCAGAAAUGAUGUUUGUGGGAAAAACAUACAUUGUGAUACCGCAAUGUUUUUUCAAUGACAUUCAAUGAAUCAUUGAAAAAAGGUGCAAUUGUUAAGUUUGUUCCACUUGAGGGAGUCUGACCAGAAGUCAGAGACCACUAUGAUGACACACCAAAUGUGUUUGAUGGAUCCUUUUUGUCUUCUUCGAAUACCUCUUAAGAGGAAAGUAAUCCAAAAGUAACUGAAAGUAAUCAUAUUGUUACUGAUUACAAUUUUGGACAGGUAACUGUAACACAUUCCAUUUAGAAAGUAGUCUACCAAACCCUGUUAGGCCUAGUGAUCAACAAAAUGUUAAUAGAAGUAGCCUAUUGUCUUCUUUUAUAAAGACGUCUCUUUAAAGGUGCUACACAUAGGAUUUUUCUGAAUUGUUGCAUUGUAAUUACAGAAAAUGUUCAUAAUAGAGUGGAAUGAUAGUGUUUCACAGUAUUACUUAUCCGCCAGUGUUGUGAUUGGCUGUGAUAUUCGCCUAGUGAUUUCUCCCGCCAGAGCUGCAUCUGUUGUCAAAAUGGGAAAGCUGUUUUGACUUUGUGGCUGUGUUAUCUAGUGGAAAAGGGGUCAAUCGGACAAUGUAGAAGUCACUCCGUCAUUUACUGGUUGUUAAAAUUCUACACUGUUCGCUCAAUUUCAGUUUGUGAGAAAACAAGCACUUAACAGUGUAGGGCAGUGGUCACCAACCUUUUCUGAGUCGAGAUCACCUUGAGUAAAAAAAGCAAGCCGAGAUCUACCGCUCUUUUUUUUAACAUUACUUUUUUUAAAAAUUACGCCUAUGCAACAUUAACCAAUAAAAAAUGGUUAUGUAGCAAUGAGGUUUGUGCAGUAGGCUAUAGGCCCAAUACAUUAUCACUGCAAAUGGACUAUGCUUGAAUUGCCGCGCCAAUGUUGUUCUUCUCAUUUUGGAAUUAUAGGUAUAUGAUCACACCGGUAAUACAUAAUUUGUCGUAUUAUUUGAGAGGCUGAGUGAGCAUACUUUUUUUUUUUUUACUGGACUGAUUGCCUGGAUCUAUUGGUCAGUCUGAGGAGGGAGCGAGCAGCGGUGAGGUUGACCCUCGCCCGACUCACCGUCCCUUCGCUCUCCCUCCCUCUGCUGUGAAAAUGGGACACAGUCUUCCAUCUGAUGGCGAAACUCAAGUCGCACUGCAUUAUUUCUGCUUCAUGCAAUAUUCCAUGUUGACAGAGAAAGUUAAAUAUUCCUUGAUAUUAAAAAAGACAAGCCACUAAUAAUAACAACGCAAGCUUUGCUGUACUCAUUUAUUGCAGCAGCAGUGCUGGUUGUAGUGUGAGUGGAAGUAGGGAGAAAGUGCAUUUUAUGGCUUAUAAAAGGUGUUGAACAGUGUGUUGACAGUGCUGAAUAGCAACUUCGACAUGAACUUACUCAUAAAAACAGAAACUCUUUGAUGUAUUUGUUGAGUCUUUCUAGUCCAUGGUUUUAAAUGUUUUUUUUGAAAUCUCACAGUAUCAACUUUGCGUCUUUUUACAGUCUAUUGCUCGGGGAAACAGUGCAGUGAUCUGAGCAGUGAUCUGAUUAGACAUCGGUAGGCCUAUAGGUGCACUUGAAUUGCUUUCUGGGCCUGCCGGGUAGGUCGGCGUUCUACUUUCAGACACAUGAAGUGGUUCAAAAUGGGAUUCAUUUGCCUUCCCAUCGCUAGGGCUGCUGAAACAGGUAAACUUACCGUCAACAGCGAGAAACCAAUCAAAAAAUACAAAUAGGAACGCAAGGCUUUAUCAUUGUUUUUUUACAGAAAUGUUUGGUGAUUGACUAGAAAUGCUUGGAGAUCAACCAGUCGCUCGCAAUCGACCGGUUGGUGACCACUGGUGUAGGGAAUCAUUGUACCAUCUAUAUCGCUGUGAAAUAUCUUUUCAAAAACAAAAAAUAUAUUUUUUCCAGUUGUUUGAAGCUGGUGGACGAAAACCAAAAGUUAAAGGUGUGAGAGGUAAAGUGUGAGCCUCCGCCUUGUUGCGGCCGAGUGCUGUUACAAUUCAACUAGCUUCCAACUUGGGAGAAAUUUGAGGUGUAGCACCUUUUUAAGAGAAAAUUCACCACUCAGGACUCAUGUAGCCAGGCAGUUCGAGAGAAGAAACCACUGGCCACUCACAUAGUCAUUUAGCAGUGAAUUAUUAACCCAACUUUUUGGUGACAAUCAGCUUUGAAAUGAGCAUGUUUUGCUUUAUGGUAGCUACCACAAAUAAAGUUCUAGGGUAGUGAACUGACGUUAGCAAAGUUGUCUUUAUGAACACUAGCUAUUGGUAUGUUGCUUUGUAAAGUGCUGCAAUCUGUAUGGACAUUGUUUUGCCGAACAGUAAAUUAACACUAAACAUUUCUACAUUCCAUGUGGCACUAUUCAAGUGUGCUAAAUUUAUAUGCAGCAUGAGUGGGUAGCUAGCAAGCAUCCCAGAGGCUAACUAGAAAUGGGCAGGAGUUUCACACGAGAGGCAAGUGCGGUGAGGCUUUAAAGGGGAAACCGGCUGCGGCGAUAGAAUAGGAAAGGCUAAUAUCGGCACAAAAUAUUGUCCCGACCGACUAUUGGUCGUUCUUUACCGACAACCAUAGCAUUUUUGCAGGGUUUUAUUUUGCACAUUGCGCACACACACACGCGCACACCUAAAGCCAUUUUAAACCCACAAAACAUGACUAUCGUCCCAGAGAAUGCAUAAUGUCAGCCUAAAAGAGGUUUGAAUGUAGGGCUUUGCGGAAGUUUGCAUGUUUCUACGUACUGUAUAAGAGGAGCAUUUUUGAAGUUGUGUGCCUCCUGCAUGCCCUCUGCUUUAAGAACAACAAAGAUAAGGACCCUGUCGUAGAUGCACAUUCUUAUUUACUUAUAGGCUGCAUACAACAUAUCGUCUUCAACACCAGUACCUAAGCAUUACGGACGUUGAUAGCCAAGGACUUUGAUCAAACCUUCAAAUUGUGCUUAAUUUUGUUUCUCAGUCAUUCACUCCCUGUUGCUCACCAUCACCCCCCCCCCCCCCCCCCCCCCCCCCCCAUUUGUCUGUUUGGACAAAUGGCAGAAAAGAAGGUCCACCCCUUUUGUCUGCACUCAAUUAAUAAUUGAAUGCAUGUAUUUUAGCUUGGGGGGGUCAUAUACUGAAUAUUAGUCAUCUGGAAGAGGACUACUAUUCCUAGGGUGCUUUGCUUCAGCACACCUCCCUCCCUGGACUGGACACAGAAUGGAGGCUCCACUGGAACUGCUGACCUGGAUCUAGCUGUAAACUCUGCAGCGCUGCUGUUAUGAACAGCCAAUCCAGCACAGGAAGCAAGGCAUUGGGCUCGUGUUGUCCAAUAUCCACAAGGAACAAUCAGUCCAAAUGUACGCGACUGGGUUCGCAGUGCGAAUCGUCUCAACUUGUUUUUUUGUUUUUUUUCAAUAGAAAUGUAUUUUGUUUUAAUAUUAAAACUGGACUUUUUGUUGUUGGAUAAGGGAGGGUUUGGUGUCACUCUGGCCAGAAACCUAGAAAUCAUGGGGGUGCCAUAGAAACACCACCAGCCUAGUUUUGAGGUCUGAUAUACUCUUACAUAUACACACUGCAAUAAUCAUACAGGCAAUACUCUGUGAAUUCUAAACUCCUAACUACAAACUCUGGUAGGAGGGGUACCAUAUCGCUUCAGGAAUGGCAGCUGAACCUGAGAAUGACCUUUGCUUGUUGGCUUGGCUGUCAUUGUAAAGCAAAAGAGCUAAUUAGCCUCCCCCCUCAGAUCCAAUUGGAGAGUCACUGUAUUAUUACGCCAUGCGAUGACUAGGACGUUGGGAUCCAAAAUAAUACAGGUGUUAAUACGGUUUGUAUCGUUCUACGGCCAGCUUGUUCACUAGUUCUCUUAGAGGUCUCGCCAGUCAGAUCUCAAGUUUCCUAUGCGAGAUUGACCAGAGAGGUAGGCGUUUCACCAUGAUACCGGUCAGUUGUUGUAGUUUAGCUUUACCUGUAUAGUACCAGCCAACCAGCAUUUUCACUGUAGCUUUCAUAUUUAUUAAUUAUUUACUACAAAAUGCAUAUACCUAUUUUUCAUUGUGAACUUUGCAGUUUGGUGAUGGGGACCUAUCAUUUACAGGCCUUUUUUAGAUUUCAUAGCGUAUUGAGAAUGGGAAAUGGAAGAAGUCAUCACACAGAAUACAAAAAUAAUGACCCCCCGACCCUGAAAUCACCACCUUGUAUUCCCCUAACCCUGUGGAAAUUGGAGGUGCAAUUACCCUCCUCCUGCUAGCUAGCAAUUUACGUGUUUACCUUUUUAAAUAAUUGUUCCUCCACUUACUGUCAAUGCUGUGUGUGUGAUAAUCCUGGUCUAGAAUUAUGAGAGGAAGUUUUAGUCAAGGUUUGUCUACUGGUUAUUGCGUGGACAAGUAUAAGGAAUGCUCAUUACACAUUUGCAAAGAUUUUUACAUUUGGAGAGAAUAUUUUAUAGAAGAACAUUUUCCAGAAAAUACCAAGAACUUCCAAUCUUUUGAAUUGAAAAGUUUUGUUUUGGGACCCAUAAACAUAUGUUCGCUGCCCAAAAUGUUCUGCCCUUUCGAUUCGCCUGUUAGAAGGGCUCCGGCUCAGCUCAGCUCAGCUCAGCAUCAUAAAGCAUUAGUGUUGCCAUGUGGUCCCUUACACGGCUACUGGCCCGUCUGCGAACAUGUGUUUAGUGCAAACACACACCGCUUGAUGCUGUUCAGAAGCCCUGGGCUGAUGUGCCAAGGGCUACGUGACGACUUGGCCCCGCGACCAGUCCUCCUCGGUUACCAGCAUGACGACCGCCAGCCGGCCACUUGUUCCAAAUCUGUAUUUCCGACCUUGUCACUUUUGUCCUGCACAGUGGUUCUGAGAAGGGAAGAGUACAGUGGUUCCAGUUUCCCCCCUUUCUCUCCUCCUUCCCCUACCUCAAGAAUGCCUUGAUUCUUAACGCCUGUGAUAAGCAAUGCUAGUUCUGAGAGCCAUUUUACAGGCUGCCAAAGCUUGCCAGCAGACACUGAUAUACAGCUCCCGGGUAACCGAAAGGUCGAAGGUCAAGGCUGGAGCUAAUCGCGUCUUUCCCUUUGACUUUGGAGGGUUAUAAAUACUGGGGGGGAAAUCGAGACGAUUUGGCAGCGUCCAGCACUAGCCCCGAAACAGAGGCAGUCGAUGGGUGUCCAGUCAAAACUGGCCCGCUCUGAUGUGCCAAAAUCCACAUGCUAGUGGUUGUUGUCCAUCAUAGCCAAGGGAUUUAUGUAUAAUGCUCAUAUUCAAGUGUCUGUGCAGACUCUCGAUGCGAAUCACUCACUGGGGAUAUUUUGAUAGUAGGUAAAUUGAGCUUGAGCUCCUUUUUAAGAAGGUACGGAUUUCGGAGCUCCGUGUCAAAGUAGAGCCCAGAACACGUGCACAUCAACGGUCAUAGACGUACGUCGCCAUGGGUCGGGUAUCAUCAUAUCAUUAAUCCUAUGAUGCAAGGCCAGCACCCCUUCCCCCGCCAUACAGUCUCCCCUGCCCCCCUACACUCAGAGGGGAGUCGGGGGGGGUCCCAGGAUGACAGCAGCUGUCGGAAACCAUAGGUUUAAUGUGCUCUCCAAGGGUCGUCCCGGAGAUGGGCUUCAAAGAAAUACGUUUUUUAAAGGGCAAGGCUGAAACUCCACCCCCCCCCCCCCCCCCCCCCCAGCAGAAAUGCACGUCCACUUCUCCCCUACAUGGCCCAUGUGUACAUGAACACUUCACUGUAACGUUACCAUAACUUCCACUGCUGAAUGGCCUCGCUAUGCCCAUCUAAGGGUUAGCAAGAGGAGUGGAUGUGUGUUGAGGAGCUCUGAUUUGGGGAAGAGGAUGUGUCAUCAGGACCCCUUACCACAGAAUGUCCUCAAGUGUAAACUGGGUAUUAACAAAUUAUGUUUUGGAGUCUUUCCAGGCUCCACACGCAGCUGGAAUUGAAAAUAAGGCAUUGCAGGAUUUCAAAAGGGCAAUGGUUCUGAAGUCUCCAAAUGUCUCUGUUUGGGUAUAGUGAGUAUCACAGAUAUUUUGUCUGCUCAGAUUACUGCUGAAUGGAGAUUGUCCGAUUUAGGGAUGAUAGGAGAAAGACUAGGUUUAGACAGGAAGAACCUCCCACCAUUUUGAGAUGAGAACAGAACGGUUAACUCUCCUCAUUCUGUAACUUCUGGUGUAUAAACAUCUUAUUUUACACGUCAUUGUUUUUUCCUCUCUUACAAAGUAGCGGAGAAUGUACUUAACGGAAGGAGGCCAGAGACCGGAAAUGGCUCUUUGGAAUGAGUUGGCAUUGGUCCUCAAAGGCCUCCUUUGUAAUUGGAGGUUUCAUGGUGUCAAUGGACUUCAGAAAUGGUAAUCUGCACUUAACCAGCACUUAACUUAAGACCCUACAUAAGUAAGCCCCCUUUUGUCAAAAGUCACUUUUGCGUGUGUCCCUGACAAUUUUAUUCCACUCUUUGUGAUUAUUUUUCUUUGCUGAAUGUAUGGUCAUCAAUGUGUGUGUGUGUGUGUGUAUGUGUGUGUGUGUGUGUGUGUGGUUUUUUGCACCGGCCAAAUUGAAAUUGAUUGAAAGCAACAACUCGUCCGAUUAGCGUGAGGAGUUGUGGACUGUUAUUGUACAAAUUAUUAUGGAGUCCUUCAUUUUUUUUUUUUUUAACAAUUGUGAUGAUUUCGUGAAGCAUGGCACUCGAUCACAUCCAUGUCUUUGCCUUCUAACAUUGUGCCAAAAUCAUUCCACAGUGUUUCCAUUUUACAGUCCGUGAGACAGCGCCAGUGUUUUCCAAGAUGGAUACCCUGUCUCUUCGACUAUUUGUGCUGAAAUAAGGGGAAAUAUUACAUUUGAGGGUUUUUCUUUUGUUUCCCGCCCACGUAUUUUUGUGUCAAUUUUGUAAAACAAAAGAUGUCUUAUUUUGGAAGCUGUAUCAGAUAGAUUUUAUUUAAGAAAAUCUUGUAAUUUUGUAAAGUGGGCCUUAUUGAAAUAUAUUUAGUGUUUGUCCUCUUUGAUUGUAAGGAUUUCAUUUUUUGCUAGAUACUGUAUGCAUCUUUCUCAUUAAUGCAUUCCUGGAGAGUACUUUCCCCUUUUUUUGUUUUAGUGCGAGAGAUGUCUCAUGACCUUGAGCUAUGAGAUGGCAAGAGGAGAGAGACAUGUCAGAAGCCAGCCUUGUGUCAUAGUCAUUGAAGAAUGAGAGUAAUGUACAUUUGAUCAGGAGUGGGUCUGCUAGGAGUCAACAGUCUUAAGUAAUUUGCCAUGUGGCGUCCUUUUUUUUUAGCGGUUCAGGAAUCAGUCAGUCGGUCCAGGUUUUUUGCUACUCUGUGUCCCCCCCCCCCCCCCCCAAUAAAUUCAGGGUUUGUUCAUCUUGUGCGCUGUUUGCAAAUGCUGCCAAAGAAAAAUAUGUUUAGGCCUCAAGACACACACACACAUACUUAUAAAGAACUGGAGAUUCUCCAACACACACCCACUCCCACACACAGGGGAAUUUGGCCUGUACAAUCAACUAGGGGGGGUUGGAAGUCAUGUUUUUAUAUUGCAGUGUGUUUAUAGAUGGAUAGAAAUGCUUCUGAAAUGGCAGUUGACCGUUGUAACGAAGAGAGAAAUGUACGUUAUGAAAUCAGAUCAAAAAUGUUAUUCUGGGCGUCGCUGCGCCAAGCUUUUCUGUGUCGGUAAUACACAGCAAAACGGUGCGGGAUGCUUUUCUGUCCUCGAGUAAUAAUACAUUUGUGCAUGUUUAACCUUCCCGCAGUCCUGCAUGUAGGUCUCUCAAAGCUGCCAGCUGUACAGCGGACUAUGUAUUCCAAUCAAAUAAAAAAAGCAACUUGUUUGUAACCUUG